AUGCAGCGAGGCACAGCGAGAAAGCCAACGCACGACGAUUUGUACUACGACGAUCUGGUUGUCUUCAGAGUCGAAGACAUACUAUUCAAGGUCCCUCGUCGUAUCUUUGAAGGCACUUCUGGUGUCUUUGCAACGAUGUUUACCUUGCCUGCUGGAGACUCAGAAGUCGAAGGAAUUCAUGACAAUAAUCCAAUACAACUGCCACCCGAUAUCAGUGCCUUUGAUCUUAGGAGUGUCUUAAAGGCUUGCUACCCUAUCUAUCCUCUUGGUUCGUGCCCUGCUGAUCUGACGAAGAACGAGUGGCUGUCGGUGCUGAAGCUGGCCACAAUGUGGGAUUAUCGAGAUCUGCGAAAGAGAUCAAUCGAGAGAUUGGAUGCAUUGGACCUUGAGGAUAUAGAGCGCAUCAUACUUGGCAGACGAUUUCACGUUUCCGCGUGGCUGGUCAAAUCGUACGAGGCACUGGCUAGGAGAGAUGAGACCUUGACGGAGGAAGAGGGGGGUUUAGUAGGCGUGGGCACGGUCUGUCAGCUAGCAAAGCUUCGCGAGCUCAGCUGGCAUUUCGCUCGCGUUGCUACGCCCCAUAGGACCAUCAUCAGCGGGCGGGAUUGUUUCGACUUCACCAGUGCAAUACACGACAUGCUAGAGAAUGAAUUGAGGGAGGAUGAAGAUUACGAACCUCCGCAGCCUCCGCAGCCUCUGCAGCCUUCGCAAUGGAGAAAUCGGGUUCGGAUAUAGUGACCGUCUUAGGUGCUCAGUCGAGACUGCAGUCUCGCGAAGAGAGAAUUAAGGAGUAAGUAAGUAUAAGCUAGCCUGUAAGGACAUAAUAGAAAUGAUUUCUACAGGGG